AUGCCUGCCCCUAAGACAGAAAAGGAAGUACGAAGUUUCCUCGAGCGCCUGAAUUACAUAGCUCGGUUUAUAUCCCAGUUAACGGUGACUUGUGAACCAAUUUUUCAUUUGCUCAGGAAGAAAAAUCCUAGAGUAUGGGAUAAUGAUUGUCAGGAAGCCUUUGAUAAAAUAAAGAGGUACUUGCAAAACCCACCAUUAUUAGUACCUCUAACACCGGAGAGGCCUUUGAUUCUAUACUUGACAGUAACAGAAACAGUUAUGGGCUGUGUGCUGGGACAACAUGAUGAGUCAGGAAGGAAAGAGCAAGUUAUUUACUACUUGAGUAAAAAAUUCAAUGAUUGUGAGUCGAGAUACACGACAAUUGAGAGGUUGUGUUGUGCCUUGGUUUGGAGUGCGAAAAGACUCCUGCAGUAUAUGCUAUACUACACAACCUGGUUAAUUUUAAAAUUAAACCCGCUCAAGUAUAUUUAUGAAAAACCUUACCUGUCAAGUAGAAUAGCAAGGUGGCAAGUGUUGUUGGCAGAAUAUGACAUUGUCUUUAUGACAAGAAAAGCUGUGAAAGGAAGGAUAAUUGCCGAUCAUCUUGCAGAUCAUGCCAUGGAAAACUACGAGCCUCUAAACUUUGACCUCCCAGAUGAAGAUGUGAUAGUAAUCGAGAAUGAAGGUGGGGAAGGUGAUCAAUGGACCCUUUACUUUGAUGGGGCAGUAAAUGUAUCAGGAAAUGGGGUCGGAGCCGUAGUGAUUUCCCCCGAAAAUAAGCAGUAUCCUGUUUCAACAAGGUUACUGUUUGAAUGUACCAAUAACACUGCUGAGCAUGAAGCCUGCAUCAUUGGCCUGGAAGCUGCUUUAGAACUUAAGGUCAAGAAGCUUGAGGUCUUUAGGGAUUCCUUACUAAUCAUCUGCCAAGUCAAAGGCGAGUGGCAAACCAAGGAUGAGAAAUUGAAGUUGUAUCAAAGUUAUCUCUUGAGGUUAGCCAAUGAAUUUGAAGAAAUCAAAUUCACCCACAUAAACAGAGAUAAGAAUCAGUUUGCUGAUGCCUUAGCAACCUUAGCUUCAAUGACACAAGUUGAUGCUAAAAGCAAGAUCCAACCAAUAGAUAUCGAAGUCAGAAGCUUCCAAGCUCAUUGUUGCUUAAUUGAAGAAUCUCCAGAUGGGAAACCAUGGUACAAUGACAUCAAGAAGUUUCUCCGGCAUCGAGAAUAUCCUGAAGGGAUUUCCAAGACAUAUGAAAAGACUUUGAGGAGAAUGACCGUGAAUUUUUACUUAGAUGGAGAAAUUUUAUAUAAAAGGUCAUUUGAUGGGACUCUGCUCAGGUGUUUGAAUGAAAAUGAGAUUGAGCAAGCAUUAAAAGAAGUCUAUGAGGGGAUCUGUGCUACACAAGCUAAUGGGCAUACAAUGGUGAAACAAAUACAAAGGUCUAGAUACAUCUGGUUGAUCAUGGAGAGGGAUUGGCCAAUCAACCCUAAAGCGAGCAAUGGGCAUAGAUUCAUUUUGGUGGCCAUCGACUACUUUACCAAAUGGAUAGAAGCCAACUCUUACGCCCAUGUAACGCAGAAAGUAGUCAAGAGAUUUAUUGAAAAGGAUUUGAUUAAGCACCUCAAUUCUUCCCCUUAUAGACCAAAGAUGAAUGGGGGAGUCGAAGCAGCUAACAAGAAUCUCAAGAAGAUUAUCCAGAAAAUGGUGGUCACCUCCAAGAAUUGGCAUGAGAUGCUCCCAUAUGCACUUCAUGCGUAUCGUACCACAAUUAGAACUUCUACAAAUGCCACCCCAUACUCUUUAGAUGCAGAACUGGACGAAUCAGAAUGGGCAAGGUCAAGAUUUGAGCAAUUAAACUUGAUCGACGAGAGAAGACUAGCAGCUAUUUGCCAUCACCAGUUAUACCAAAGCAGGAUAGCCAAAGCUUACAACAAGAAGGUCAAACCAAGGGCGUUCAAGGAAGGGGAUUUGGUGUUAAAAAAGAUCUCACUAGCAUCAGGAGAAGAUCAAAGUGAGUGGGCACCAAAUUACGAAGGGCCAUAUGUGGUGAAAAAGGCUUUUUCUAGAGGGGCUUUAAUUCUGACUAAUAUGGAUGGAAAGGAUCUACCAAGACCUGUAAACUCAGAUGUUGUAAAGAAAUACUAUGCCUGA